GGUCUUCACGACAAUGGAGGACGGCAAGAGCAAGGGCGAGGAGGCGCAGCAACGUGGAGGUGGAGGAGCGCAUUCCGACGAGGUGGAGCCGCUGGUAGCUCCAGAUUUCCAGCUGCAAGCUCUUGGAUCCAGGUUCGCGCGCUGCAUUUGCUUCGCGGCUGGAUCGCUCGGCGUCAUGGCUGCUCUGGUGCUCGCAUUCGUGGUCGUCCUCUCCACGCAGCACAGAUCGGCUUCCUCGUCCGAGAUUUCGAGGCCGCUCAGGGUUCUCGACAAGCCGCUGGUGAUUUUGAUCUCCUCGGAUGGUUUUCGAUGGGGAUACCAGUGGAAAGUCCCGACUCCAAACAUCGAUCGCCUCAUUUCCAAUGGCACCGAAGCGUUCCCUGGGAUGAUUCCAGUGUAUCCCAGCGUCACAUUCCCGAAUCACUAUUCCAUAGCUACUGGUCUAUAUCCCGCUUGGCAUGGAAUCGUCGCGAACUAUUUUCGCGACCCUGUUCGCUCGAGCAACGAGACGUUCUUCAUGGGCAAUCUCAACGCGAAGUGGUGGAUUGGCGAGCCAAUCUGGGAAACAGUCGUGAAGAACGGGCUUGAGGCGGCUGUCUACUUCUGGCCGGGAUCACAGGUGGUGAGAAAGUCGUGGCCUUGUCGUCCCGAGAUUUGUCCGAGCUACAAUAAGUCGGUUCCAUUCGAGGAGAGAGUGGACGCUGUUCUGGGAUACCUUGAUCUUCCACAGCGGCCAAGUUUCAUAGGACUCUACUUCGAAGAACCGGAUGAAGAAGGCCACCAAGUAGGACCGGAUGCACCUCAGAUCAGCGCUGCCAUCACCAGGGUGGAUUCUAUGAUAGGAAUGCUGCUGGAAGGCCUUGAGAAACGUAACAUCCUGGAAGAGGUGACGAUCAUCAUGGUUGGCGACCAUGGCAUGGUUGGAACUUGCGAUAAGAAGCUGAUCUUCUUAGAAGACUUGGAACGCUGGAUCCAAAUUCCAAAGGAGUGGGUGGAUUCGACAAGUCCGGUGCUCGCAAUCACUCCGCCUCUCGACGUCGACGCAAAGGUCGUGGUGGAGAAGAUGAAGCAGGGGCUGGCUUCUGGUAGUGUGGCGAACGGGGAGUUCCUGCAAGUUUACUUGAAAGAAGAUCUACCUUCGAGGUUGCACUACUCCGCGAGUGACAGGAUCCAGCCGAUUAUUGGGAUGGUGGAAGAAGGCUACAAAGUCGAGUUGACACGUCCCAGGAAGACUCACACAGAGUGUGGAGGCGCUCACGGCUACGACAAUCUUUUGGUUUCGAUGAGGACGAUUUUCAUCGGGCAUGGGCCGCAGUUUGCCAGGGGAAAGAAGGUGCCGUCUUUCGUUAACGUGGAGGUGUACAACGUGAUUGCAACUAUUCUCGGGCUCAACGGGACCAGUAACAACGGAACGACAGCUUUUCCCCAGAGUAUCCUCCUCUCUAAGUAGCCCUCUAACCAUGAGUAAACGGUGAAUAAGUGCACGGGCAAUAGUGCUUGUAAAGUGACAUCUUUUAAGAUUCAUUCUCGAGUGUGCUUCAAGCACG